AUGUCGGACUCGGAAGAGCUCAUUGACCCUCUUGACGAGAGCGGCGACGAUCUCUUCGGCGACAACGACGUCGAUCAGCCCUCGGACCAGGAGCGUGCUGCUAGCGACCACGGCCUCGGCCUCGAUUCAGACCAGGAGGAUGAAGAGCGUUAUGGCGAUGAGGACGGCCGUCGGUCUCAGCCCGAGACCAAGACCAAGCUGGUGAUGGGAGUGCAUAUGUUCCGGCACCGCACGCCCAAGUCCAAGGAUGGAAAUCUCACCUCGCUUCGCGUGCCCAACUUUCUCAAAUGGAACCCGCAAGAGUACAAGGCCGACACCUACGAGCCUUCCAAAUUCGACCUGGAAAACUCGCUGGAGAAGAACCCCCGGCCUGUCGUCAGGUUCCGCAAGGACCCCGAGACGGGCGAACUGCAAAGCAACGCAGUCGUUUACAAGUGGAGCGACGGAUCGGUGACUCUGGCUGUCGGCGACGAGCAGUACGAGAUCCAGACCAAGUCCCUCGCGCCGCCCAGCGACAAGCCCUACCAGGAGCUCCAAGACGCUCACUACUACGCCGCGGCAGCACAGCUUUCUAGCAAUUCUCUGCUGAUCGUCGGCCACGUCACUGAGCAGUACACAGUCCGCCCCAACAAGGAGAUCCAGGACGAUGCCCUCAAGCGCCUGACGGACAGGCUAGCCGAAGCCUCGCGCAGCUCCGAGGGCGACAUGAUCAUCCGCACGACGCAGGACCCCGAGCUGCAGAAGAAACAGGCCGAGCUCGCAGAGAAGGAGCGGGAGCGCGCGAGGCGCCGUCGGGAGAACGCUGCGGCGCGCAUGGAUGGGGCCAGGGGCUACAACCGAGGUGCGCUGUCUAUCGGUGACCUGGAAGGCCGCCGUGCGCCGGGCGCGGGCCGGAAGCGCGGUGCACCCGGCGCACCGCGGCAGAAGCGACGGCGUCCCGAGUAUGAUUCGGACGACGACCUGCCGCAAGGCGCGAGGCGCCAAGACGACUACGAUAUGGCCGACGACUUCAUCGCGCCCAGCGACGAGGAGGUGUCUGAGGGCGUAGACGACGAGGAAGAGGAGGACCUUCUCGACGACGAUGACGAGGAUGAGGCACCGCGGACCAAGCGGCAAAAGACGGCAGAGGCGGACGACGAGGAUGCCGAGGCGGACAUGGAUGACGACGUCGGCCCCAGCGCGCAUGAUUCGUCGCGCAGGAACCGCAGGCACAUCAUCGAUGACGAUGAGGAUGAGGAAUAA